UCGCCCGCACGCGGCGGCCCGAGGCUGCUGCCAGGUCGGCUGGGCUAGGCCUGCUACGAGACACCAAGCAUCUUGGGGCCACCCCAGCCUGUGAGGGUCACAGACACCAUGAACGACGUGGCCAUCGUGAAGGAGGGCUGGCUGCACAAACGAGGGGAGUACAUCAAAACCUGGCGGCCACGCUACUUCCUCCUCAAGAAUGAUGGCACCUUCAUUGGCUACAAGGAGCGGCCUCAGGAUGUAGAGCAACGCGAGUCCCCCCUCAACAACUUCUCAGUGGCACAAUGCCAGCUGAUGAAGACGGAGCGGCCCAAGCCCAACACCUUCAUCAUCCGCUGCCUGCAGUGGACCACGGUCAUCGAGCGCACCUUCCAUGUAGAGACGCCUGAGGAGCGGGAGGAGUGGACGACUGCCAUCCAGACUGUGGCUGAUGGACUUAAGAGGCAGGAGGAAGAGACGAUGGAUUUCCGAUCUGGUUCACCCAGUGACAACUCAGGGGCUGAGGAGAUGGAGGUAUCCUUGGCCAAGCCCAAGCACCGAGUGACCAUGAAUGAAUUUGAGUACCUGAAGCUGCUGGGCAAAGGCACCUUUGGGAAGGUUAUCCUGGUAAAGGAGAAGGCCACGGGCCGCUACUACGCCAUGAAGAUCCUCAAGAAGGAGGUUAUCGUUGCCAAGGAUGAGGUGGCCCACACACUCACUGAGAAUCGUGUACUGCAGAACUCCAGGCACCCCUUUCUCACGGCCCUUAAGUAUUCCUUCCAGACCCACGACCGCCUCUGCUUUGUCAUGGAGUAUGCCAAUGGGGGAGAGCUCUUCUUCCACCUGUCCCGUGAGCGUGUGUUUUCCGAGGACCGGGCCCGCUUUUAUGGUGCCGAGAUCGUGUCGGCCCUGGAUUACCUGCACUCGGAGAAGAAUGUGGUGUAUCGGGACCUCAAGUUGGAGAACCUCAUGCUGGACAAGGAUGGGCACAUCAAGAUCACAGACUUCGGGCUGUGCAAGGAGGGCAUCAAAGAUGGCGCCACCAUGAAGACCUUCUGUGGAACACCUGAGUACCUGGCUCCUGAGGUGCUGGAGGACAACGACUACGGCCGUGCAGUGGACUGGUGGGGGCUGGGCGUGGUCAUGUACGAGAUGAUGUGUGGCCGCCUGCCCUUCUACAACCAGGACCACGAGAAGUUGUUUGAGCUUAUCCUCAUGGAAGAGAUCCGCUUCCCACGCACGCUUGGCCCUGAGGCCAAGUCCUUGCUCUCUGGGCUGCUCAAGAAGGACCCUAAGCAGAGGCUUGGUGGGGGCUCUGAGGAUGCCAAGGAGAUCAUGCAGCACCGCUUCUUUGCCAGUGUUGUAUGGCAGGAUGUAUAUGAGAAGAAGCUCAACCCGCCCUUCAAGCCCCAGGUCACCUCUGAGACUGACACCAGGUACUUCGAUGAAGAGUUCACAGCCCAGAUGAUCACUAUCACACCGCCUGACCAAGAUGACAACAUGGAGUGUGUGGACAGUGAGCGGAGGCCGCACUUUCCCCAGUUCUCUUACUCAGCCAGUGGCACAGCCUGAGGUCCAGCAGCAGCAGCCGCCGCCACCACCACCGCCACCAACACCACCUGUGCUCCUCCAUGUUGCUGGCUCCAGUAGCCCUGCAUGGACCACCUCUGAUGGUUUCAUUUCAUGGCUGACCUGGGGAGGAACCAUGGCAGCCUCUAGGACCAGGGGAGCAUGUUCCCACUGUGGGCAAGAAGAAAAUUAUCCUGCGGUUUUUCCUAAUUUAUUUCAUCCAAUUUGUUCUCCAGAUAUGGCCUCAGUGCUCAGAACAACUAGAUUCAAGUAGGAAGACAUUAAGGACUUAUGCAGCCAUGUGCAGUAUGGGGCUCGUGGGUCUGUGUGGGCCCUGUCACUGCUCCCACUGGCUCAUCUACCCCAUGUCAUUUUUUGUCUCUGGGGUCUAGGGCCAAAACUCAGUCUGGGGAUACAGGGAACAAACACCCUCAUUGUAUGCUAGCUGGCCCUCUCUCUCAGGUAGGGCACAUAGUAGUCCCCAGCACUAGGGCUGUGCCUCUGAGGAUGCUCAGGAGCCACCCCGCCCUUCAACAAGACCUGGGGUGAGUGGGCCAGGGUUCACCCAGGGGAACAAGAUUUAGGUUUGAUGUUUAUUGUGUUGUUCAAAGGCAUUUCGGGGAUUUUAAUCUUAGUGACAGGAAUGCCCCUGCUCCCUUCCCUGCCACGUCACAGCCCUCAGUGGUGUCCAUCCACUGAGGUAGCAGCCUCUGAUUUCUUGUCUUAGCACUUGUCCUUUUAGAUGCUUUAUUCUCUGGCUGUUACCCAGGCCUGCCUUCCCCUGGCUGGAUGCUGCGACUGCUGCCGCACCAUGCCGUUUUUUACAACACUCAACUUUAGCAUUUUUACUAUGAUAAAUUAUCCCUCCAAAUUCUUCAAUAAAAAUUGCUUUUCAA